AUGGACCCCAAGGUGGAGUGGCUGCAGCAGCAGGAGGUGAAGCGGAGGGUGAAGAGGCAGGUCUGGGGUGAGCUGCACGCUCUGCCCUUCAACGACCCAGUGUGGCCCAACAUGUGGUACCUGCACUGCAGUGAUAAGAACAGUCGCUGCAGGUCAGAAAUGAACAUCCUGGCAGCCUGGCAGAGAGGCUACUCUGGCAAAAACGUGGUGAUCACCAUCCUUGAUGACGGCAUAGAGAGGAAUCAUCCUGACCUCCUGCAAAACUAUGACCCUCUUGCCAGCUAUGAUGUCAAUGGGAAUGACCAUGACCCGACUCCACGCUAUGAUGCCAGCAACGAGAAUAAGCAUGGCACUCGCUGCGCAGGGGAGGUGGCAGCAGUGGCGAACAACUCCUAUUGCAUCGUGGGCAUCGCCUACAACGCACGCAUUGGAGGCAUUCGUAUGUUAGAUGGCGAUGUAACAGAUGUUGUUGAAGCGAAGUCGCUUGGCAUCAGACCCGAUUACAUUGACAUUUACAGCGCGAGCUGGGGGCCAGAUGAUGAUGGGAAGACAGUUGAUGGACCUGGUCUAUUGGCCAAGCAGGCUUUUGAGCAUGGCAUUAAAAAGGGUCGCAGAGGUUUGGGGUCCAUUUUUGUCUGGGCAUCAGGGAAUGGCGGCAGAGAGGGUGACUACUGCUCCUGUGAUGGCUACACCAACAGCAUCUACACCAUCUCCAUCAGCAGCACCACUGAGAACGGCUACAAGCCCUGGUACCUGGAGGAGUGUGCCUCCACCCUCGCCACUACCUACAGCAGCGGGGCUUUCUAUGAGCGGAAGAUUGUCACCACAGAUCUGCGGCACCGCUGCACUGAUGGCCAUACUGGCACCUCCGUGUCUGCCCCCAUGGUUGCAGGUAUCAUCGCCUUGGCUUUGGAGGCAAACCCCCUGCUCACCUGGAGGGAUGUCCAGCAUCUGCUGGUCAAAACCUCACGACCAGUGCACCUGCGAGCAGCUGACUGGAAGACCAAUGGCGCAGGGCACAAAGUUAGCCAUCUGUAUGGCUUUGGUCUGGUGGAUGCAGAUGCUAUUGUGGUGGAAGCCAAGAAGUGGAAGUCUGUCGCUUCCCAGCACGUCUGCAUGGGAAGCCUGGACAGGGUGGCCAAGUACAUCCGUGCGGACCAGGUGCUGCGCACCAGCACCCUCAGCAGCGCCUGUGCUGAGCGCCGUGACCAGCAGGUGCUCUACUUGGAGCAUGUCGUGCUGAGGCUCAGCAUCUCGCACCCACGCCGAGGGGACCUCCAGAUCAGCCUCAUUUCUCCAGCAGGGACCAAGUCACAGCUUCUCGCCAGGCGGGUGUUUGACCACUCCAACAAGGGGUUCCAGGGCUGGGAGUUCAUGACUGUCCACUGCUGGGGGGAACGAGCGGCGGGGGAGUGGACCCUGGAGAUCCACGACACACCAUCCCAAGUGCGCAACCCCACAGUGCAAGGGAAGCUGAAGGAGUGGAGCCUUCUCUUCUAUGGGACAGCUGAGCACCCCUACACCACGCUGGGAGGUUCCCAGUCCCGUGGGAGGACGCUGGAGGUGCCAGCAUUGGAGAUGGAGCCACCAAGAACUGCCUUCCUGCAGAGCCAGGUGGAGGUGGUGGAGGAGGAGGAGGACUACACAGGUCCAUGCCACCCUGAGUGUGGUGACCAGGGCUGUGAUGGCCCCAAUGCUGACCAGUGCUUGAACUGCAUCCACUACAGCCUGGGCAACAUUAAAACAGGCAGGCUGUGUGUCAGCUCGUGCCCCGCUGGGUUCUUCGGCGACAGAGGUGCCCGGAGGUGCCGCCGGUGCCACAAGGGCUGCGAGCACUGUGUCGGGAGGGGAGCCACGCAGUGCACGGCCUGCAGGAGGAGCCUUUACCACCACCAACAGAUGAGCACCUGCGUGGCACUGUGUCCGCCUGGGUUUUACGGCGAGGAACGUCAGAAACGCUGUCUAAAAUGUCAUCAAAGCUGUAAAAAAUGCGUGGGUGAAGCAGACAGAUGCACUGCAUGCAAAGAUGGAUUCAGCCUGGCAGGAGAGAGCUGCGUGCCAGAGUGCCAGCCUGCCAUGUACCUCAGCCAGGAGCCCGGACGGUGCAAGCCCUGCCCUGCCAGCACAGGUAUAGGCGAGGAGGACUGCACACCUUGCACCCCCGAGAGCCUCACACCACACUGGCACUGUGUCCCCACCUGCCAUGAGGGCUUCUACCCUGCUGACAGCCAUGGGCUGCCCAACAAAGUCUGCAAGAGGUGUGAUGACCACUGCUCAGCCUGUGAGGGCUCCAGUGGAAACUGCCUCAAGUGCAAAGAAGGUUUUAGCCUCCUUGGUGGCUCCUGUGUGACAAAUGAAACCUGCACCAAUGCUGACAAGAUGUUCUGUGAGAUGGUGAAAUCAAACAAGCUCUGUGAAAAGAAGCUGUUUGUGCAGUUCUGCUGUCAGGCGUGUCUAAUGGCCGGGUAA